UAGGAAACAAUCUCGUGAGUGUAGAAAAGGAACCGAACAGAUGAUGUUACCUUGAGCUCGGUUGUAUGAAUCGCAUUUGAUUGUUGUCCAAUCACGAGAUGAAAUUGUAAACCGUUCUUGCGUUGCUUGAAGUUGCCGUGUCGCACCGGAAGAAAUCUAUCUCGAGAGGUUCCAAAAGUUAAACCAGUGGGAUUGCUCUCUGAACAAACGUGCAGCGGUCCAGAAAACCCCUUGUCGGUGCGAUCGGCCGCCGUGCGGUGGUGCGUCUGUGCGUCUAUUCGCCCGUAAGAGUGCACACGUGAAGCGUCAAUACUGAACUGCGGUAGCCAAAGUGGAAGAGUGACAGAGAUAGCAGCAGCAGUAGUUGCUGCUGAGAGUGUGUUUCGAUUUCGACUGGUGUGCUGCCGCGUGCUGUCCAAAAAAAAAAGAAAGAGGGGCCUUCCACUGACAAGUCGAAGCUCUCGAGCUGGCACUUGGCUACGGAACGGCUUUCGGUGUCGGUGUGCGCGCCUAGACCUCCUAAGAACACUAAAUCCCUUCUCAGAUCGUCGCGGCUUGGCCAACUAAGUCCGGGCAAAUAAUAAUAAGUUUUUAGGAGAAUUAACUUUUCGGUAUUAAGGAUUUAAGCAAUAAAGUUUGAUGAAGAGGAGUCGCCUCGCUGGGAAAGCAACUACGACAACCGUUGUCGACAGGCGGUCGGCUCGCCAGAGAGACAGGGAGAAACAACUAACGGGCGGUGAUUUUCACGCACUAAAUCCCGGAUUUGCGGGCUACAAACAUCCAGAGUUCUUAACGGCUAGGCGGAAGUAAGACCUUGGGCAAGCAAAUAAAAAUACCCAAAACAACACCAAAGUAUGAAUCGGAAGAAAAGUGUGUUAUGAGUUUUUGUGCUAUAUUUUCUCGCUCUGUGUCAUACUUGGUGAAAUCGUGACCGGUGGAACGGUGGGCUUAAGUGAUUUAGAAUUUUCAAAACAUACGACUAACUUUUCCUUGCGCUCGAUGCGACUGUGAUUGAGUUAUAGUGGAUUCAGGCAUUAACUUGGUGAAGUGUGACGAACGCGUUUGUAUGAUUGCGCAAUUUAUUGAGCCCAAAUCCGGAAACUGAUUGUUGUGAUUCGUUGCGGCCGAGGCGCUAAGUCCGGAAUAGAAAGUUCCCAGGACAGAUCUACUUCGGUUCGAAGGGGCACUUGUGUUGAAUAGUUCCACUGUUUGGUUUGAGCUGUGUUUCAAAAUUUAUCCUGGACAAAACUCUUGGUCCACUGCUAAACGGAAACCGACGACCAACAGUGAUAGAGAGCUUGGCGGGGAAAUCCCUCGUGCGACAGAAAAUACCGAAAUUCGCUGGUGAAGCAGCGAAUCAUUUUUGAGACUCCAGUAACAGAAAACAGUCAAAACGAUUUAUCUCCGGCCGUACAAGGACAUCUUCCCGGGCGGUGGCCAUAACCAGUUAAGCUCGUUAUAUCCACAGUCCGUGAUGGAAAGAGGUGGAGGAGGAACGGGUGGCUCUGGCCUCGAUUCGAUGGGAGAUGGUAGUGGGUUGUGCCUACAGGAUCUGGUUAGUAAUGGUGGCGGUGGUGGUGGAAGUGGUGGAGGUGGUGGUGGUGGUUCAGUUACUAAUGGAACCACGGAUCACCACAUGCAUCAUAACCACAAUAGCCACAACCAUCACGGAUCACUGCAUGACUCCGUGUCCGGCGGUGGAGUCAGUGUUAGUUCGGCUCUUACCAGUCUGAUGAGUCCCGGGAUCAAUAGUGGCCUGGGUCAUUUGCACCACGGAACACCGGAUCUUAGUGCUCACCAUCAUCACCACCAGCAUCCGUCAUCAGUGUUACACGAGCCGUUGGAGAAGCUGAAGUUGUGGGCCGAGACGGGCGAUUUUCGUGAUAAUAGUCAUAGUGCAAUGUCUGCCGUAACCAGCAUCGACCACUCUCAGAUGAGCUUCCAAACGUCGGCAACGCGGAACCGAAGUAGUCGGGAUCGAAAACACGACGUUACACGUGUCGAUCCCACGUCGGUGAAAACGGAAAACAUCAGCAGCGGGCUGUCCCACGAGGACAACGGCAGUGCACCGGGGACCACGAUAUCCCAGGAUGGCAGCGGCGGGAACGGCACCGAGCAGGGUACCAAAAACGACAAGAAAAACAAACGGCAGCGACGACAGCGAACACACUUCACCUCCCAGCAGCUGCACGAACUGGAACAGACGUUCAGCCGGAAUCGAUACCCGGACAUGUCAACCCGGGAGGAGAUCGCCAUGUGGACGAAUCUGACCGAGGCCCGAGUUAGGGUGUGGUUCAAGAACCGUCGGGCAAAAUGGCGCAAGCGGGAGCGGAACCAGAUGAAUGCCAUAGCGGCAGCUGACUUUAAAAAUGGAUUCGGCCCACAGUUUGUUCAACCGUUUGCCGAUACCGAUAGUCUCUAUUCGUCGUAUUCCUACAAUAACUGGGCAAAGGUACCGUCUCCGUUGGGUGCCAAAACUUUUCCUUGGACGGUAAAUCCACUGGGGACAUCCAUAGUGUCAUCGAAUCACCACCAGAAUUCCAUCAAUUGUUUCAACACAAGCUCGUCGGUAGCAGCGGGAAUGGGCGGUGGAACGAUGCUGCCUGGAAGCAUGGGUACUAGCUUGGGUGGAACGACGGGAGGAGCAGGAGUGUCUCCAACUCCUUGCCCUUACACGACUCCAGCCAACCCGUACAGUAUGUAUCAUCAUCGAGCUACGGCGGAACCUUGUACAGCAAUGACCUCCAGUAUUGCAACGUUGAGAUUGAAAGCUAAGCAACAUGCUUCCGGCUUCUCUAGUCCUUACUCCGCUCCGUCACCCGUGUCCAGAUCCAAUUCCGCUGGCCUGUCAGCAUGUCAGUAUGCCAGUGUUUCGGACACUGUCUGAGAAAACGCCCUGGGCAGCAUGCUGUCCCAUUCGUCAUCGCUCGCCAUGUACAACACCAGCAUCAACAGUGCCAUCAGCGUUACCGUCAACAACAACAACAACAACAAUAAUAACAACAAUAAUAAUAACAACAACAAUGGAACGGAUAAAAACAACGUCACGGGCACUUCGGGGCUUGACGACGAUGAUCUGAUGGUACCGGACGACGAUGACGACGAUCAUCGGCGGAACAAUGUGGAUGAUAUUCACGAUUGAACGUGCGCGGCCUUCCUACGCCAGGUCUAGGCUAAUCUUGGUUGAGUAUGACUUAUCUUAUCCGGGUCCCGGGCUGCUUCUCGAGCCCAAAAAAAGGCACACAUUCGGCAGCCGGCUACCGGUAGCCAAACUUCAAAGUAACUCCGUGUUUGUUUAUAUAAAUCAGCCAGCGUCAUUGUUGAUGUGUUGAUGUGCGCUGUAACUACGGCUCUGGCUCUGGCUCUGGCGGCAUCGACUCAAAGACUUUCCGUUAUCUACCCCGAACACGAAAAAGGAUUAGGCAAGCUUUGGGCCGUUUUGCUAUCGAUUGCAGUCGGUGACGGCCGGUAACGAGAAGUACUCGGGGAAAGUAUGGCGCCGGGGCACAGAGGAGCUGAUUGAGAAAUUGAAUGAAUUCCCGUUCCGAAAAACGUGGUUGGGUAAAGGUUAAUUGUGGUGAUAAAUCAGUUGUAUUGUGUUCUGGAGACAGUGUUUGCACAUACACACAUUUCGUGAACGUGCUAACGAAGUUCUCCUGUGGAUUGGGCAUAGCAGAAAUCUCAAAAGCGUUCGAAUAAUCAAAAUAUUACCAUGAUCUUAGGCUCGAUAAUGCAAUAAGUUUACAACGUCUAGUAUAUUAUCUCCAUUACAGUGUUAGAAGAAUACAACAAAGGCUAAAUAGGCAACAAUUCCAGAUCUUAUGCAUUCAUGCACCAUGGGAUGUAACCAACAACAACAAAAACAACAAAUAAAAUAAAAUAAAAGAUCGAAUACUGCCUCUGAACAUAACACUUUUUCAAUUGCAAUGUGCAACACGCAACACCAGCACAUCAAUGUUUGUAUGAAUCAAGCAUAAAAAACCCAAAAUGUUGGAACGAAGAGAGCUAAAACGAGAGCGAGCGAAAAAGUGGGAGGGUGUAUCGAAUUGCACUAACUCACACACACACACACACACCCACAUCCACCUACAUGUAUGAAAGCGUGACUAAAUAAAUGUCAAAAAAUAACACUCGCUGCUCCAAAUUUUCUCUCGGAAAGUUGGAAGCAAAAAAAAUGCCAAGUAAACACAACCGCCGCCGCCGACGCCGCCACAAUACAAACGUUCACCCAGCAGUUGAUUAGUCGCUCGAGAUCAAAGCGAGCAAAUUUCGUUUUAUCAAGUUAGCCGCGAAAAUAAUGUGACGUGUGAGAGAUAAGCUGCUGUACGGGGUGGAAGUAUAAAUGUCAAAUUCAAUCAAGAUUAUCAGGCGUAUGUUGCCUCAGCAGACCAAUAACCAGCCGCUAGGAAGAGCUCAAUUUUUGCUUCCGGGGCGUACGAAGGUAACGUCGAUUCAAUUGUUCGAAAUAUCAUCGACAUCCAACGGGGCUGACCGAAGGGUGACAGUUUAGUACUUAGAAGAACCUCCGCAUAUGAGGCUGUGUAAAUAUUUUUACCGUGCGAUCUAUUUUUAAUUUCUAAAAUUGAACUAAGCCAACAGCAAACAAAAAUAUGAGAAAACUUAUCGAAAUGGAACAAACUAGGCCAAAUAGAAACUGUUUUACUGAAGAGGUCCUAGUCUAUAUCGAAAGACAAAUAAAAGCGCUAGUGAGUAAAAGUAGUGAAAUAAUUCUGUAAAAAAAAACUGCAUAAGAAAUUGUAGAAUUCAGUUCCUAGGUUCAAUUUAGUUUUCACCUGAAUGUGCAAUCGAAAAAAACAAACUAACUUGAGACACCUUUCUUUUCUCCGACUUGUUUAUUAACCAAAGAUCAUCAUUAGUUUGAACUAAUUGCUGUUGAAUUGAGAUCUUAAAUGUACAGUCUAAUUAAAAUAUCAAGUUUAUGUGAAGUUAAGGUAACAAUGCCAAAUAUAAUGAAUGAGCAACUUAAUACCCAGGUGCAGUUUUCAUAAUUUUGUAGAGGAAAGUACUACGAAUCGAUUUUCAGUUUGUAGAUAGAUUUAAGUUUCAACCGAAGACUCAUUCACUCAGUCUGACGCAGAAAGUGUUAUCUGCAAAACAACCUACUUUGAAAAUCCUCCCAAUUAAAACGAUUUAAUACCAAAAGAAUAUGCCAUCUAUUAAUUGAUAAUAAAUUUUUCACUACCGUACAUAUUUCAGUAUCGCAAGAUGCGCAAAUACUUGAAUUUUGUCUAGUCAAUGAGAGAGAAAGAAAAAAUAAAUAAAAUCAAACAAAAAAAAUUAUUUGAAGCACUAAUUGAUGACUUCAAAUGGAAAAGGUAGUAAUGUAAAUCGAAAACUAUGUCAACGACCGAUUUAGUAACCAAAAAUACCAAAAUAAAUAACAAAAACCACAAGAUGUGUAGUAAACAGCAAACACACUUUUAUUCGUUAGAAUGAUGAAAUAUUGAUUAUGAAGAGCCAAAUUUCAUAGUACAUAGUUAAUAUCCUGAUGAUCGCAUAAGAUAUGUAUAUCGUGAAAACAAUAAGUCUUGGUAAAUUACACAUACCAUUAAAAAUGAAAA